UUGGAGCAGCCUGGGCUGGUGGGAGGUGUCCCUGCCCAUGCAGGGGUUGGGACUGGGUGAUCUUUAAGGUCCCUUCCAACACAAACCAUCCCAUGAUUCUAUACAAACAACAAAGGGGACUGGCCAUGACAUCCAAUGCACUUCUAGCAGAUUCCUGCAGGUGCUCUACAAAAAUUUCCCUGAUCUGAGAUGGUGAAACACAUUUCAUGCUGAAGUCACAGUCAAAAUAAUCCCACUGCUGCCUGCCUGGACAACCAGCUCGGGUUGCCAGUGUGUCUUGGUUUGAAAGGGAAAUGAUGCCUCUUAAAAUGACACUGGGCAGUUUUGUCUUUGAAAUGCUGGUGAAGAAAAGCUCUGACUGUCUCCAGCAGGCUCCUGUGAGUCAUGUGCCUUGGGCUGUAAACCUGGGAAUUACUCAUUGACCAUGGAUGAGCACAGUAGGAAAAGGAAGUUCACUUCACACCCUGGUUUCCGUAGCUUGUGUGGGGCUUUUUUUUCCUCCUUCCUCCACAAAUAGUGAAUUGUGCAUGAAGAAACCUCUGCAGUGGAGAGCAGGGUGUUGGGUUCUGUCUGUCCCCAAUCUAGUGUGGCCAGCAGGUCAGGGAGGUUCUCCUGCCCCUCUGCUCUGCCCUGGGGAGGCCUCACCUGGAGAACUGGGUCCAGUUCUGGGCUCCCCAGUUUGUGAAGGACAAGGAGCUGCUGGAGAGAGUCCAGCCCAGGGCACUGAGAUGCUGAGGGGGCUGGAGCAUCUGCCUGGGAGGAAAGGCUGGGAGAGCUGGGGCUGCUCAGCUGAGAGAAAAGGAGGCUGAGGGGGGAUCUGGUCAGUGCUGGUGAAUAUCUCCAGGGGGUGGCAGGAGGAUGGGGCCAGACUCUGCUCAGGGGUGCCCAGGGACAGGACAAGGGGCAAUGGGCACAAACUGGAGCACGGGAGGGUCGAGCUAAACAUGAGGAAACACUUUUUGAGUGUGAGGGUGACAGAGCCCUGGGCCAGGCUGCCCAGGGAGGCUGUGGAGUCUCCAUCCCUGGAGACAUUCCAACCCCACCUGGAUGUGUUCCUGUGGGAUCUGCUCUAGGGCAUCCUGCUCUUGCAGGGGGUUGGACUGGGUGAUCUCCAGAGGUCCCUUCCAACCCCCUAACAUUUAAAAAAAAACAAAAACAAAACAAAGCUGCAGACCUUCCCCUGAAUCAAGAGCUUAUCUUGGUGGUGUUAUCUGGCUCAGAUUGACCCAUGGUUGGAUGAUACCUGUUUAUGUUCCUGAUUAUCUGUGUUUGCUACAGAAUCUAUUUCCUUAUGACAGGAUCUUGUGUCUGGAGUGUGACUUGAGGACAUUUAGGCUGUUCAGUGAAUUUUUCCUGCUAAAGGAGUUUUACCCUCUGGUCAUCCCAGCUGAGCAACAUGAUCAACUUACCAGGCACAAGAUUUUUACCCUGACUCUCCAGUGGAAGCAGUUGGGAAGGUCCACAGAGCCAGGAGCCAACAGAUCAUCUCAACACCUCCAUGAGGCAUUCAGUCUGAUCUGUUGCUGUCUCUCUGACACUGCACCAGGGAACACUCUGAAUAGACAUGGCAGAAAAGGUGAAUAACUUCCCACCGCUCCCCAAGUUCAUCCCUCUGAAACCAUGUUUCUACCAGAAUUUUGCUGAUGAAAUUCCCAUCGAUUAUCAGUCUCUGGUGAAGAGAAUCUACCACGUAUGGAUGUUUUACUGCCUGACGCUCGUGGUGAACAUCAUUGCAUGCAUGGCCUUGUGGAUUGGAGGAGGUUAUGGGGCCAAUUUUGGUCUGGCCAUCCUCUGGCUCCUCAUCUUCAGUCCCUGUAGCUACAUCUGCUGGUUCCGACCUGUCUACAAAGCCUUUAGGUCCGACAGCUCCUUCAACUUCAUGGCGUUUUUCUUCAUCUUCAGCGCUCAGUUUCUCCUCACCAUCCUGCAGGCCGUGGGGUUCUCUGGAUGGGGAGCUUGUGGAUGGGUGGCAGCCAUUGCUUUCUUCAGCACCAACGUUGCAGCUGCUGUGUUCAUGCUCUUCCCUGCCAUCAUGUUUACCAUGUCAGCAGUGGCAAUGCUCAUCUGCAUUAUAAGGGUACAUAAAAUCUACCGAGGGGCUGGUGGAAGCUUUCAGAAAGCUCAGGAUGAGUGGAACAGUGGUGCCUGGAGGAACCCUCCCAGCAGGGAGGCCCAGUACAACAAUUUUUCUGGGAACAGCCUGCCAGAGUAUCCCACAGUGCCCAACUACCCCUCGGGAAACCAAUGGCCUUAAGCAGCAACAGCUGCAAACUGCCUGGAUUCUCUUCUUUUUGGUCUUUUUAUUAUUGUUAUUUGAAAAAAAAAAUAUAUAUAUAUACAUCUAUAUCUCCUUUGCAUCCCCCCCAGCCCACCCUGAGCACCCUGCUCACCUGUGGGACUUCUUUGGCUUUUGUCUCCUCAUCACUGCAGAAGAUCUGUGCUGCCAGCCCUUGCCACCUCUGCACGGCCUCUCCAGGAAGAUGGUUUUUUGAUGUACCAGUAUUUGCCUUGUCACAGCCUGAGGAACCAACCAUUCCCUGCCCUUCCUUGCAAGAAUCCUCUCCUGACCAUGGGUGGCCAAGCCUGACUUCCCCACCACGGUCAGCGCAGCCGGCACUGCUCCUCCUCCUGCCUCCCUGCAGAGCUCCCUGCCAAGUCCUCUCUCGCUGGAACAAACGUCAAGCAGAGCUUUCCUAGCAACUGGUGUUUACUCUCCUGGAUGAAUAACCUGGAAUUUCUCACUCUAAGGGAAAAUGCAGCCCCUAAAUUACCUGGUGCUCGUUGAUAAACGGUGUCUGUGAAAUCUACAGCCUGAGGAAUCUUUGAGCUCACAGGGCUUGGCUGAGGGGGAGUGGAGCUCAGGUGUGAAGUGCCCAAGAGUCCUCACCUGCCUGGUUAGGACUGUUGUUAGGACUACAAGUCUUGCUUCCCCUGCUGCCAAAAGGUGGGAGGUUUUUUCGCCAGGUCUGUGUGCUUCAAAGGUGCAGAUUCAUCUCGUUUGGUUAAUGAUUGUUCACUCCAAGCCUGGCCCAGAGCCCUCUGGCAGCUCCUGAGGAGCUUUGCUGCCUUGGGCUUUGGGCCUGGCCAGUUGGGUGACGUUCACCCUGUUCCAGGUGGGCAGCACCAGAUCCCUGUGUCCUCAGACUUCCAUGGAUGUGGCUUCCAGGUUUUGUGCUGACCCAAGGAAUGUCCCACAGGACACACCUUGCCCUGGUGGGACAACUUUUUGUCAGGGCUCCCGGAUGGAAGAGAGCUGCUGAUCUUGGUGUGGGGGCCCCAGUGGUGUUUGGGAAUGAUUCUGUUACAGUGAAUAGAUUUAAUUCUGCUUUCUGCUGAUGUGCUUGAAAUCCAGACAUUUUCCAGGGGGGUCUGGAGGACCAAGACAAGUUGGUUACUCCUCAUAACUGAUGUUAGCUCUGCAGACCUGCUCUGUGUCCCUGUGUCCAGCAGCACUUCCCUUCCACACACACCAGGGAGAGUGAUUCUUGCCUUUCCCCACGGACCAGCUACAGGGAGGAUGAAGCUGUUGGAGGGAUUGUUGUGCCUGAGCUCACAUCCAGCUUCUUCAUCUCCAUUCUGUGUGUGUACAUCCCAAAUCCUGGCACCUGAGCCAUCCAACUCCCCUGUGAUCCAAGCAGCAAAGGCUGCAGGUUUUUUCUCUCUUUCAGCAGUGAAUUUUUUGUCAAAACUGGGAGGUCAGUUCCCAGUAUUUUUUAUAGUGAGUGAGUGUUCAAAAGUCUUUGGUUCUGAAGGUUUUGGCCAAUGAUCCUGGGAAGGACCAAGUGCUCCACUGUGGGGACCUGGGAGGUGUGGGGCACCCCAUGGGGCAGACCCAGAGCUUGGCAGGUGGGUGGGUGGGAUCCUGGGGGUGUUACAGUGUAAAUGGAGUCACUCCAAAUUCACACUGAGCAACUGGAAAACCGAAUUGGCUCCUGGAAAGGGACAGGGAGGUUGUCCUGGCUGGGAGGAAUUGAUUUGCAAGGGAUGUUUAGAAAACUGUCUCUCCAUGUGCCUUAUCUAGUAACAGCUCAGAAGAACUCAUCCUCCCCACCAGAACUUCCCAGUUGCUCUCUUGAGCUUUUCCUGUCUCAUACUGUGAAUAUGAAGUGAAGCACAGCUUGGGGUCUGUGUGACACCUUUGUCACUGGGGCCAAAGUGAAAGCAAACAUGACUCAGAGGGCAGAGCCUCCCUCAGUGCCCCUUUGCAGGCACCUGCUGCAGAACCAGCCUGUCCCUGCCUCUGGGUAUUUCACCUGCUCUGAACAUGAGGGGUUGUUUGCUUGUAUUUUUCCUGCAAGUGUGCAAUGUGCUUGUGAGUAGGAAUGCUUGAAGCCUUCUGAACACCCCCCCCCCCCCCCCCCCCAUCGUCCAGCUUUUAGGUGCCUUUGUCUUGUGUCAAGUGUCAUUUGAAGUGUCCUUUGUCAAGAGAGUGAUAAAGAACUGCCUGUUGAUUAACUCCCUGGAAAUGGGAUUGCACUGGGGGGGAGUGGGGGGAGGUUAAGGAGGCUGAACCCGAGGUUGGCCAUCCUUGGAGGCCAGAACAUGGUGCCCCCCCGUGUCCUGCCCCCUCCAGCCCUGCCCCUCACCAGCCUCAGCCUUUUGCCAAUUUGUUUUCCCAAGUCCAUUUGGUGUCUGUCCUUUGAUAGCCUGUCAGGUUGGAGAUGUCAAAGGAAUGGAGAGGAGAAGCAUUGCUGGGGACACUGUGCCCUGAUGCUUUUCACUCUGGAUAAUCCAAGGGGCUGUUUGCAAGCACCCCCGUGCAGUCAUUGAGGAUGCUGGGUGCAGGAGAAGGGCUCCUCAGGAGCCUGCCCACCAAGAUGGUCAGAGCCAGACACCAAAAUUGCCCCCCCUGAGUCUCAUCACUGCCUGAGAUCUCUCCAGAGCUCACAUGAACCUCUCUGGAUGGGAUCCCUCAUCCCCCCUCCAUCCCCUUCCAUGCCAGAAACUAACUCCAGAAAGUUGACUCAACGUGCUGCUCAUUUUUUUGGAUUCUGUAUGUUGGUUUUUGUUUACAUGAUAUUCCUAAGACUUCUUAACACCAUUUCACCUGGACCUUGGCUCCUGGGCUUGUUGGGCCUCACGUGGCGUGUUCGUGUGUGAUGUUUCAUGUCACUCGUGGGGCUCUGGGUUUUGUUUCUGUUUUGUUCCUGAUCACAAGACAAUAAAUGCUCAUCCUGCGCUUGAUGACAAGAA